GUCACGGGCCAUAGACCGGUUCCCGGCGGCUCAGCAUUAUCGAAUCCGCCCAUUGACCAACGAUACAUUUAUAACUGUAGCCACGCUCUGAGCUGAAUACAUUGUACCACCACGUGUGAAGUAGUGCUAUUAUUGGAAUCUAUGGCGUAACGUUAAAUUGGGAAAUAUACAUACAAACAAACAAACAGGUGUUCCUAUCAUGGUUUUAAAUGCCAGAUCGCCUCACUGUUAGGCUGGAACCUUCUCCCUGAAUCUCGAGACACUGGAGGUGGCAAUUUUUUCCCAAUCCCAACAUUGACGGUGCUAUUUCGAGAAACUUCCAGCCCCCUUUCCCACACGUCACCGUGCGGAAUCUUUAAAGGAUCCGUUGACUGUAUAACAUGGCACAGUAUAAAGGAUCAAGGAGUUUGAGCAGCAUGAAGACACAGUCACCAAUGGUAGAUAUGGCCAAUAACAACGACCCUCUACCCCCAGGAUGGGAAAUUAAAAUUGACCCACAGACAGGAUGGCCUUUUUUUGUGGAUCACAUUAAUCGCACAACAAGCUGGAAUGACCCCAGACACGAUGUCAAAAAGGUCAGCCAGUUGUCUCAGAAUGGCCCAAGUGUGCCACCAGAGCCGAGUCCUCAGGAGAUGCAGAAGGCCUUUGUGAAGGACAUGAAGCACCCCACCCUCCGCCAGGGUUACAUCCCAAUUCCAGUCUGCCAUGAAGGCGCAGACCUCCGUCAGCAACACCCGUGUUUCUCCUACAUCCAGCCGACUGCUCUGCAAAAUGUACGGGCAGAAGGGCGGACACCCUCCCCCACCCCGACGCUCCACUGCAGGCCUAGAUCUCCUUUGCAGGGUUCCUCCGAGAGCUCUACUCCUGAGCCCUGCAUGUCCUGUUCGCCUAGUUUACAAGGACCUGAGGGCCAUCCCCUCCACCAGCCCCCGCGACCCAGCAGCACAGGCCUCCAGGCAGGUUACAUCCCCAUCCCAGUGAUCCACGAGAGGGCCGGAGGUCACACACAACAAGCCCCUGUCAAUCCUGCUCUCUACACCCAGCGCUUUCCGGCUUACUCCGAGCACCAGCCCUCCUUCCACCGACUGCAGCCAGAGGACUGGAGCAGUCAUCAUGGAGCCACGCCCUCUUCCCGGGAGCGAGCCUCCCCGUCCCCGAGCGUGCCUCCCCAGCACCGCGAGACUGCCGCUAUCCAUAUCCCACCGCAUAUAAGGAGCCAGUCUCCCCUCAGAGCACAGGUCAUUACGGAAAGACCACAGGUCCAGGUCCACCACCAUGUGCCACAGAGAGAAUCACCCCACAGAAUGGAGCAGGAGCAGGACAUCUCUCAGUAUCCCCAAACAGCGCAGAGAGAGGCUGACUCACAGCAGCGUCAACAGCCACAGAUCUCACAGCAACCACAGCAGCCACCACAACAGUACCAAGGACCACAACAACCACAGCAGCAACAACAUUAUCACCAACAGCCACUACAAUACCAACAGCCACAGCAGCCACAACAACAGCCACAGCAGCCACAACAACAGCCACAGCAGCCACAACAACAGCCACAGCAGCCACAACAACAGCCACAGCAGCCACAACAACAGCCACAGCAGCCACAACAACUCCCACAGCAGCCACAACAGUACCAACAGCCAAAACAACCACAACAAUACCAACAACCUGAACAGUACCAAAAAUCACAACAACCACAGCAGUACCAACAACCUGAACAGUACCAAAAACCACAACAGUACCAACAGCCACAACAAUACCAACAACCUGAACAGUACCAACAACCACAACAGUACCAACAGCCACAGCAAUACCAACAACCUGAACAGUACCAAAAACCACAACAGUACCAACAGCCACAACAAUACCAACAACCGGAACAGUACCAACAACCACAGCAACCACAGCUGUAUCAGCAACCACAACAGUCCCAGCAACAACCACAACCUCCACAACAACCCCAGCCACAGCCGCAACUGCAGCCGCAACAGACAGCAAACAUCACAGUCCAGAUGUCCCCGAAACCAGAAGCCCAGGAGCCAGUGGCUGUUCCUGCUCCACAGGAGGACUUGCCCCCAAAAGCAGAAAAUGAGCCCGGCGCUCAGUGUCACCCAGGCUUGGCUAAAGUGCAAAAGAUAGAGGAGAGAGUGGCGAAACUGGAGCAAGAGGUGAAAUGCUUUGAUGGGAAGAAGAACGAUAAGAGGUACUUGCUGCUGGAGGAGCUGUUGACCAAAGAGCUUUUGGCACUGGACUCAGUGGACCCAGAGGGGCGUGUGGACGUGCGACAGGCGCGACGUGACGGAGUCCGGAGGGUCCAAACCACACUGGAUGCACUGGAGAUGCUGGAUGAGCGGCCAUCGGGGUCAAUCAAUGAGUCCCCGAUGGAGGGUGACAGCCCGCCACAGAAAGUAGAGCAGCCCAGCAUGAUCAGCCAAGCGAAUGUGGAAAUGGCCAGAGAGAUCUCAUAAUGACUGCAUAGCUUUAUUAUAGUGAAGAGGAGAGAAACGUAAUCAAAGAGAACGUGGAAAUAGGCUGCUCUCAAUGCUCCCUAUACCCGCCUUUCAACUGCAGAUAUCACAUAUGAACUAUACGAUGCAUGUAUUUCUUAAUUUACAGUGUUAGUAUUGUCUGGCAUUCACCACAUUCUAUGGUGGUAUCUGAGUGCAUCAUGUAUUCAAUGAUGUUAAGCCAUUGUUGUUGCCUUUUGCUGUGCCAAUGUCUUUUUGCAAGACCAUUUUCAUGAUCAAUGUGUUAAAGAGACAUGCAUAAUAGAGGUUAUAUAAGAGGCCUUUAUCCAUCCAUAUAUAAGAAAAAAAUUUACCUGUAUGUAGUUAAUUUCGGCUCAUGUGAUGUGGUUGUUUUUAAAGUUAUUCAAUUCAUAUUCAAGAACACUGGUAUGUAUAGCAGUAGACAACUCCUCUAUAAGAAAGGGCUUCUGUGGAAAUUGUCAGAGAUGUUUAAUAUUUCCCUCUUAUUUUUAAUCGACUACUUCGAGAAACAAUAUUUACCUCAGAUUCCGUCAGAAGAAAUGGGACAAAUCAAUGUUAGUGAAUGUUAAAGACUCAGUCAGAGAAAAGUAUUUAUUUUUGUGCCUCAGAUGACAGAGCCAUUUGAGAGCAAAAUCUUCUUAUUUGUUUCUCAAAAAAACAACAAACAAGUUAUUUCACACACAUACCCAACAAAUGAUAUGGUUCAUUUGGGUUUCAUUAGUUUCAGCCUGUAGGUGCAUUGCCUGUUUUGCUGUCCUGGGCCUGGUUACAUAAGACAUCUUCAGUUAAUUUCCCCUUUAUCUUUUCCCCUUAAAGUUUCCUUAACUUUAAGUCAGUUGCACAAAACAUUUUAAGGUGAAUUUCCCCCUUAAAUAAAGUGAAAAAGUUCAGGGUGCCCAUGAGUUCCCUUGUGCUUCAUUUACUAUGGAUAUCAAAUCAAUGUACACAGAAAAUGUGGAGGUCAAUGUUGCUGUCCUCUGCCCUGGUUGCAAAAGGAAAACAUCAACCAGCUAGCUAGGUGUAUACAGUGCAUUCAGAAAGUAUUCAGACCCUUUGACUUUUUCCACUUUUUGUUUUACAUUAAACAUUUAAUUUAAAUUUUAAAAAACAACGGAAGUACCUUAUUUACAUAAGUAUUCAGAACCUUUGCUGUGAAACUCCAAAUGUAGCUCAGUUGAAUCCUGUUACCAUUGAUAAUCCUUGAGAUGUUUCUCCAGCUUGAUUGGAGUCCACCUGUGGUCAAUUCAAUUGAUUGGACAUGAUUUGGAAAGGCACACACCUGUCUAUAUAAGGUCCCACAGUUGACGGUGCAUGUCAGAUCAAAAACCAAGCCAUGAGGUCAAAGAUAUUGUCUGUAGAGCUCCGAGAGAGGAUUAUGUCGGGGCACAGAUCUGGGGAAGGGUACAUUGAAGGUCUCCAAGAACACAGUGUCCUCCAUCAUUCUUAAAUGGAAGAAGUUUGGAACCACCGAGACUGUUCCUAUAGCUGGCCAACCCGGUCAAACUGAGCAAUCCGGGGAGAAGGGCCAUGGUCAGGGAGGUGAAAAAGAACCCGAUGGUCACUCUGACAGAGUUCCUCUGUGGAGGUGGGAGAACCUUCCAGAAGGACUACCAUCUCUGCAGCAAGUGUACCAAACUUGUAGUGUCAUACCCAAGAAGACUUGAGGCUGUAAUCACUGCCAAAGGUGCUUCAACAAAGUACUGAGUAAAGAAUACUUAUGAAACUCUAUUUCCUUUUUCUUUUUUAUAAAUGUGCAAAAAUGGCUAAAAAGACUUUUGCUUUGUCAUUAUGGGGUAUUGUGUGUAGAUUGAGGGGGAAAACGAUUUAGUCAAUUUUAGAAUAAGGCUGUAAUGUUACAAAAUGUGGAAAAAGUCAAGGAGUCUGAAUACUUUCCCGACUGCACUGUAGAUAGCUAGCUACUUAGCUAAACAAUGGCAGGUGCACAAUCCAUGGCUACAAAGAUAGCUGGCCAGCUAGCUUACAUUUAAAAAAAAUAUUUAUUUAACUAGGCAAGCCAGUUAAGAACAAAUUCUUAUUUACAACGACGACCUACCCAGGCCAAAUCCUAACCUGAGCAACGCUGGGCCAAUUGUGAGCCGCCCUAUGGCUAGCUAGCUACCUACUCUGUAAGUUAACUUGAUGUGCAAGAAAGUAAUAGAAACUUGAUUUAUGAUCAUCUGAAUCAAUUUCUUUCUCCUGUCUUGAAUGUAGAAGUUCUAUUUUGCUAUCUCUCAAAAUAAAUGUGAUCUCUUUGCCUAAUGUUCAGUCAGUGAAUCAGGUCAUAUCCAUGGUAACCAGAGACUCUUUCUGUCAUACAUGCCUUCAAACUACUGUAAAUCCCCUUAAGUAUGCACUUACCUAAGAAAUGUUUGAGGGGCUCCAUGCAAAGCCCAAACAGUUCCCUUUAGGUAAGGAGACAUUUAAGGUAAAUCCUUAAGAGAAACUCUUCAGGUGUAUUAUGCAAGCAGGCCCUGGCACUUAUUUCACCAUUAUAAUAGGCCUAUAUUUAAAUUUUAUGAAAGGAUCUUGAUAUGUAACAUACAACAACUCCAUCCAUUGACCUUUGAUUCAAGUCUAUGGUGUAACGUUUGACAUUUCUAGAUUGUUUGAAGAAUUGUUCAUUUGUAAGUUCACUUGCAAUGUCAUCCAAAUAUCAUUCAUACAUUUUAUUUAAAGGAAUGAUUUAUUCAUUCAAGAAUACAUUGAGACAAUUUGGAUGUGAGCUGACUCAUCUCACAUGAGAUGUGAGAUGAUCAGCAUCAAAUGCUAAUCAAGAAUAACAAUUCAAGGGUCAAUGUAGUGUCAAUGUAAAAGUAUGCAUUUUUUUAAAUCACAGCUUGUGCUUUGGAGUGUUGACAGCUUGGAGUCACGUUGGCAUGGUUGCAAAUAAAAUGUAUUUUGAAAUGGUC